GGCAUCAUCCAAGACCUGAGAAAUGGGCAAGCCGGCUUCAUUCCCAGCUGCUCCGAGCUGGUGGCGAGGGGUGGAGUGAAACAACCCAGCCUCCGUCUUCCUCUCGGUGCCGUGUCCCGCGAGCUCUUGCAGCUGCCCCGCAGCUGAGUGGGUCUCACCAUGAUCCAGGAGAUGCUCACGCAGCUGCUGCCCGAGCUGGAGGUCGAUCCUCGCACCGUCUCCGCCCUGCUCUGUGCCUCGGCGGCAGCUGUCGCAGCGCUGAACUGGAUGCAGAGGAGACGGAUCCAGGAGAAGAUGGAAGAGGCCAGGAGGAUGCGGGACCUCGGCCUGCAGCGCAUGGAGAAGGCCGUUCAGCGGUUCAAGCAGCAGAACCCAGGGGCCGAUCCCAGUCGCAUCCUCUCCCUGCCGCUGGUGGAGCUGGCUGAGAAGCUGAAGGAGGGCUCCCUGUCCGCGGAAAGCGUCCUCUACACCUACGUGGACAAGGCCUUGGCGGCGACCCGGGAGCUGAACUGCCUGCGCCAACUCAUCCCCGAGUGCGAGGAGCAGCUGCGGGACCUGCAGGGACAGAAGGAGAAGGGCUUGUUGCACGGCGUCCCCAUCAGCAUCAAGGACCACAUCAGCUACAAGGGUCACCUCUCCACCUGCGGUUUCGCCCCGUUCCUCGGCCCGCCAGAGCAGGAGGACAGUGUGUUAGUCCAGGUCUUAAAGCGUCAGGGGGCCAUUCCCUUCGCGAUAACCAACAUCCCGCAGUCCCUGUUCAACUACGACUGCAGCAAUGCAAUCUUCGGCCAGACGCUGAAUCCCUGGGACCAUCGCAAGAGCCCCGGGGGCUCCUCCGGAGGGGAGGGAGCGCUGAUCGCCGCAGGAGGGUCCAUCCUGGGCUUUGGGUCCGACCUAGGAGGCAGCAUCCGCCUGCCGUCCAGCUUCUGCGGCCUCUGCGGCCUCAAACCCACAGGCAAGAGGCUCAGCCUCUCCGGAGUGACGAGCCCGGUCCCGGGGCUUCUAUCAGUGACGGGAACGAUCGGGCCCAUGGCGCGGGACGUGGACGGCCUGGCUCUGUGCAUGAGGGCGCUGCUGGGGGAAGACCUGUUCCAGCUGGACCCCACCGUGCCGCCCAUCCCCUUCAAUGAGAAGCUCUUCUGCGCUUCCACCCCCCUUCGGAUCGGGUACUACGAGACCGACGGCUACUUCCUGCUCCCCCCUUGCAUGAGACGGGCCGUGCGGGAGACCAGGGACCUUCUCCAGGAGGCCGGGCACACGCUAGUGCCCUUCGCUCCCCCGCGAGUCGACUACGUGGUCAACGAACUCUUCAUGAGAGGCGUGUUCGCCGAUGGGGGCUCCACGCUCAUGGACCUGUUUGCACAAGACCUUGUGGACCCAGGCUUGAAGCCCCAGGUGAAUUGCUAUCGGAUUCCAAGUUUGGUGAAGAAAACACUGGCGCUGUUGGUUAGGCCUCUGUUCCCACGCCUGGCCUGGCAUCUGGACGCGCUGUGUGGAGUCAGGUCUGAUCCUGCCUGGAGCAGAUGUGAACCCCAGGGCCCUGCCAGUCAACGAUUCUCUGAUCCCAAACGGACGGCGCUGCUCCCACCUCCAGCUGCGCUGCCUUUCCGGCUGCUUGAACCUCAUCUACAUCCCUCUGCUUCGAAUUCCAGGUCAGCCAAGGCGAUGUGGCAGCACCAAGCCUGCGUGCUGGCCUAUCGCACGGAGUUCAUUGCCAAAUGGAAGAAACUCCAGCUGGACGUGGUGCUGUGUCCGGUCCUGGGGCCAGCCUUCACCCUUGGCUAUCCAGGGAAGCUCCUGGCGGCUGUCUCCUCCACCAUGUUGUAUAACACCUUAGACUUCCCCGCUGGGGUUGUGCCAGUCACCACAGUUACGGAGGCUGAUGAAGAAGAGCUGCUACAUCACAGAGGGCACUACGAAGAUGCAUGGGACAGGAGGCUGAGAAAGGCCGUGGAAGGAGCCGUGGGGCUGCCCGUGGCCGUGCAGUGCGUGGCCCUGCCGUGGCAAGAGGAGCUGUGCCUCCGCUUCAUGAAGGAGGUGGAGACGCUGGCCUGUGAGAGGAAGAAAUGCGUGUGACUUCUUGGGGUCUGUGACUGCAAGAAAGCCAGCUGGGUUCCUCAAUGGUCAAUAAAAGAAUUACAAAGCA